CAAACAAUGUAAGGUAGUGUCAUUUAACGCUACUUUGACAAGCAGGGCAGUUGCUAGGUGUAUUAGCUUUGUUGUAAUACUUGCUCUUGUUUGCUUUAGCAUGACGCUAACUAAUUAGAAAGUGGCGUUAAAAACCAUGAAAUGGUGACAUUAGGAGGCACACUUGCACGACUAUUCAGGGAUGAGACACUUCCUUCGUUUGCCAGUUCCUAAAAUAAUCCGGGUUAUGUGGCCGACCAUCUCCCCGUUUCAACCGCCACACCAAGCCUGUCAUUGCGGUGCCUCGUCUUCGUCUACCCAGGGGGACCGCGCAUGUAACGGGUCGCACAGCAGCAAGAAGGCCCUGCUGUCGGAUGCGGGACUCUUCGAAGCCCAGUUCCAGGAGCUGCUGCAGGAACUGACCGAGCAGGACGUCACUGAUCCCGCACUGCUCGACGCCCUGAACCGGCUGAAGGAGGUUUUGCUCUACAAUGCUCCUGGAGGCAAGAGGAACCGGGGCCUGUCAGUGAUUGGCUCCUUGCGGGAGCUCGUCCCCCCGCCUCGGCUCACACAGGACAUCGUGCAGCGCGCUCUGGUGGUCGGCUGGUGUAUUGAACUGCUCCAGGCCUUCUUCCUGGUAGCCGAUGACAUGAUGGACGCGUCCGUGACCCGCAGAGGACAGCCCUGCUGGUACAAGAAGGACGGCGUCGGCUUGGACGCCAUCAACGACGCCUUCCUCCUGGAGGGCUCCAUCUACAGGCUGCUGCGCCGACACUGCAGGAAUCAGCCCUACUACGUCCACCUGCUGGAACUUUUCACCGAGACUUCCUUCCAGACUGAACUGGGUCAAGCCCUGGACCUCAUGACGGCGCCGCCUGGUCAGAUUGACCUCAACAGAUUCACCACGGAGAGGUACAAAGCUAUUGUGAAAUAUAAGACCGCCUUCUACUCCUUUUACCUCCCAGUGGCAGCGGCCAUGUACAUGGCUGGAAUCGAGGAUGAGGAGGAACACAAAAAUGCCAAACUCAUCUUACUUGAGAUGGGGGAGUUCUUCCAGAUUCAGGACGAUUACUUAGACUGUUACGGAGACCCUGCGGUGACGGGGAAGAUCGGCACAGACAUCCAGGAUAACAAGUGCAGUUGGCUUGUCGUCACGGCGAUGGAAGCUCUGACCGCUGACCAGAGAGCCGACUUAGAAGCGUGUUACGGGCAGCACGACGACGCCAGCGUGGGAAAGGUCAAAGCGCUGUACGACGCCGUGCAGAUGCCGAGCCUGUAUCGCAAAUACGAGGACGCCAGCUACCAGCGGCUACAGGAGCUCAUCGCCCGUCACGCUCAAAACCUCCCUCACGCCGUCUUCCUCAACUUCGCCAAGAAGAUCUACAAGAGGAACAAGUGAGGGGGGGGGUGAGGGGACAAUGUCACAUGACUUUCUUGCAGCCCUGCUUUUUCUAGAAGAGAGACCAUGCAGGCACGUGAAGCUAGUACAGUAUUUUCUCUCUAUAUAUAUGUAUAUAUAUUUAUGUGUAUAUAUAUAUAUAUAUAUAUAUAUACACACACUUUGGGUGACCCCAAACUUUUGAA